UUGAAUGGAGGAAAGCCUUCGAAAAAUAAUAGAUAUUUUUGGAAAUGGGCUAGUACAAUGUUUAACAAAGUCGACUAUAGCAGGAUAAAAACGAUUGGACCGGACCAUGCAGCUGCUGAAUGGCUGUUGAUGUGUGGGGCAAGAGUGCAAUACCGGAGCGGAACGGACUGGAUAACUGACUUUUCCGAACUUCAGAAAGAAUUCAGCAAACCCGAUAAUUACAUUCAAGCUAUUGAUGCAUCUGAGUCCAAUAUCAUGCAUAUGGGAUUUGAAUACUUGAAUGGAUUGAGACAUAUAGAAUCGAUCAAAUUUUAUAAGUGUUUGUAUGUAGAGGAUAUUUGUAUGAAGAAACUUUCUGCUGUAAGAGAUUCUUUAAAUGACUUGCAAUUGGUGAGUUGUGGAAAUGUUACUGAUGCAGGAAUUUUGUCCAUUGCUUCUCUUAAAAAUUUGAAAACGCUCAAUUUAUUCGAUCUUCCUAGUGUAAAAGACAAGACAAAAUGCUAUUGGAUCCUCCAGAAAGAACUUCCAAAUUGCAAAAUACAAUUUGCUGGUGGAGAAAACCGAUAA